AUGGAGCACAGUGUUGAGAUCACUUAUUCGCACGCUUGGGAAGCUCGUGAGUUUGCAAUUGCAGCUGUUAGAGGUAUACCAGAAGAAAGUUAUGCUAAAAUACCUAAAUAUUUGCAUAUGAUCAAAGAAGCUAAUCCUGGUACGCAUACUCACUAUGAAACUACUGACGAUGGGAGAUUCUUGUAUCUAUUUAUGUCGUUUGGGCAAUCAUUUAGAGGAUUCUACAAUACAAUGCGUAGGGUCAUCGUUGUAGAUGGAAUGUUUCUGAAAAAUAAAUACAAAGGAGUUCUACUUGUUGCUACUGCUGUUGAUGGUAACUCUAAUCUGUAUCCGUUAGCAUUUGGAGUUGUUGAUUCAGAGAAUGAUGAUUCAUGGGGGUGGUUCUUCAGACAAUUGAAAGUGGUUGUUGCUGACUCCAACGACUUAGCUUUUGUUUCGGAUAGAAAUUCAUCAAUCGCUAAAGCUAUUGCCACUGUCUACCCUCGAUCAGCACAUGGAAUUUGCAUUCACCACUUGCGGACCAAUGUGGUUAAACAUUUUAAAGAGAAGGGGUUGACUGCCUUGGUCGAACAAGCUUCAAAGGCAUAUAGGUACACUGAAUUUCAGGAACGUAUCACCGAAAUUUUUGAUAUGAAUCCUGAGCUCGGAAGAUAUCUACGGGAGGCUGAUGUGCGAAAAUGGGCUCGUUCUGUCUUCCCUGGUUCCAGGUAUGACAUUAGGACCACAAACCCCGCAAAAUCCAUAAAUUCACUUCUGAAAAUACCUAGAGAAUAUCCGGUUAUUCCUUUACUGGAUAGUAUAAGAGAAUUCAUGACUCGAUGGUUCUACGAGCGUCGCCUAUUAAGCUCUAAACAUCUUGAUCCUUUAACCGUUAAGGUGGAGAAAAAGAUUGAUAGGAGAAUUGUGAAGGCAAAAAGAUUUCAGGUUUACAAGAUUGACAACUUCAGAUCGCUUGUGAAAGGAGACAUGUAUGAUUGUCAUGUUGAUUUGGGAAGAAGAACAUGA